AUGGCAAAGUUCUCAAAGAAACUUAGCAAGACAGAUGUCCGAAAGAGACUCGCAGUGCCAACCAGGUCUCUCAGCUCUCUUCCGUCCUUCGAUGGUGCUCAUGCUGUAUAUUUUCAAGCUGUAGAUGAAAGUGGUGAGGUUUGGACCUUCAAAUGCUCCAUUCGCAAACGAAGGCACCCAAAACCAGUUCUUUCAAAGGAUUGGCUCGCAUUUGUUGAUAGCAAGGGCCUUAAAGCUGGUGACAUGAUCGAGUUCCACAAGGAGACAAACAAAGCCGCCACAGCACAUGCAUACAGGGUUCGGGCUGAAAGACAAAUCAAGAUAUUUGGUGUUGUUUUUGGGUAUGCUCCUAUCACUGCAAUAUCCCAUGACCCCAGCAAUGUUUCUGCAAUAUAA